AUGUCAGCCAUACGCCUUGUGCCGGUUGUGAGAUCUCGCGUGGCAACAUGCCCCAAGCCCCGAAUCCUGGCUAUUCGAUCCAUUUCAUCCACAGCCAAAAAUGAGAAAGGGCCGGUCGACGCAACUAAGGAUACGCUGAAGAAAGCCGAUCGGGUCGUUUCCGAUGCCGCAGUCAAGGGUAUCAAUAAGGGUGAGGAGGUUGGUCACAAACUCAAGGAUGUCUUCGGCAGCACGAGUGCCGAGGCCAAGUCUAAGGCGCAGUCGAUGAAGGGAGAUGCUGCCGAAUAUGCGGGCAAGAGCAAGGGCGAAGCAGAACAUGCUGCCGGGAAGGUGAAAGGGAAAAUGGAAGAGAUGUCAGGCAAGGCCAAGGAGGCUAAGCGUACACAUGUUGGUUGA